CUGUUCCUAACAAAUGGAAAACUGCACAGUAACACUUAUGCAACUCCCCUGUCUGUCUCGGUUUUUUCCCGGCUUACAGACACUCAUCUCUGUUUAGCAGUGAACUUUGGUCACAUGACUGUUGCGGAGUGCCUGUAAGCAGACUUGCAUUUUGUCAAUGACUUUAAAUAGACCAGUCGAGUACCUUCAUUUUACCAUCAGGACGACAGUACAUGUGCAAUCUGCCGACAACAGCGGAGUGAACAGGGAUUCCUGGAAGAAGAUUAACCUGGAGAUCUUUUUCAUUGGAAGAGGAACAUUAGGGACAUUAGUCCCUCCAGCUUUGCCACUAUUCAAGCACAUCUUCAGCUAACUUAUGUCCUUUUACAGCACAGGGAGGAGGCAACUUUUUUCUCUCUCUUUAAAAGACUCACAUCAAAGUCCUCCACAGACACAUCCUGUGAUUGUGUCUGUUAAAAGGGGUGGACACAGUAGAAAGUACCAGUGUUUGAGUCAAACUCAGCGUCAGUAGGAGCAAAGAGCAAAAGACGCCUGGUUGUCUAAUCAUCAAGGCUGACUGAAGCCAGCACAGUGGAUCAUGUGUGCUGCACCUCUGGAGGAGUACUGCGGCUCGAUCUUUUGGAAUGAUUCAUAUGUGAAUAAAGAAGACCCAGACCUUCCGCCAUGCUUCGAGCAGACCGUUCUGGUCUGGAUCCCACUUGGGUUUCUAUGGCUCUGUGCUCCAUAUCACCUUAUGUCCCUAUGCAAAAGGACACAAGUAAACACAAAACACCUGUCCAAGCUCUACAUCUGCAAACAGCUUGUGACGUCUCUGUUGUUCCUGACGGCCAUUGCAGGCUUGGCGGUCACAUUAGGAGAAGAUUUUGGUCCAAAUAGCUCGACAGAGAAAAAUCCUACUGUACUCUACACAAACCCGGUCCUCUAUGCUUUCACAUGGAUCCUUGUGCUGUUAUGUCAGGAAGGGUUGCGACGGAGGGAAGGAAUAGACUCUUCAACACUAUUUCUCUUUUGGUUAUUCCUCAUUCUGUGUGACAUUUUCCCAUUCCAGACCCUCCUACGAGAGGCACUCGAACUGGGAGAAAUCAGUGAUGUGCCUCGUUUCUGCCUUUUCUACAUUUCCUUUGGUUUGGAGUUGAUAGCUCUCAUCCUCUCUGCUGUGGCGGACGUCUCUCCAGAGGCUCGGGAGCAUGUGAAAAAGAAUCCAGAGGCAGGAGCAGCAUUCUUGAGUAGAAUUACUUUCAAUUGGUUCAACAGCUUGGUGGUGAAAGGCUACAAACAGCCUCUGGUUCAAGAGGACCUGUGGGAACUGAAUGAAGAAGAGUGCACUGCACACAUCAGCCAGCGUUUCCAGUAUCACAUGCAUACUGAGCUGGGUGCAGCUCGUGUUCAAUAUCACAGCAGGCUGAAGAAGAAACCGGUCCAAAGCAGAGGUAAAGGCACGAAGGAGGCAUCUCAGAGUAACCUCUCCAGUGGCCUGGGAAAAGGUGUGAGUCAGGACGCCCUGAUGAUGGAGGACAAGGGAAAGAAAAAAGAUGGAAAAAAGAAGAAAAAGGAAAAAAAGGAAGAACAAGACUAUCCCAAUUCAUGGCUGGUCACCACCCUUUACAAGACCUUUAAAUGGAUUCUCAUUGAAUCUGCUGUCUUCAAGCUUCUUCAGGACAUGCUGGCUUUUGUCAGUCCUCAACUCCUUAAAAUGAUGAUCACGUUCACUCAGGACAAAUCAAGCUAUGACUGGGAGGGCUAUCUAUAUGCAGUUCUGCUGCUGGUGGUGGCCAUCCUUCAGUCCCUGUUCCUGCAGCAGUACUUCCAGCGAUGCUUUGUGCUGGGGAUGAAAGUUCGCACCGCUAUAAUGGCUGCUGUGUACAGAAAGGCAAUGAUGGUGUCUAAUGAUGCCCGAAAAGAAUCAACAGUGGGUGAAACGGUGAACCUCAUGUCAGCAGAUGCCCAGCGCUUCAACGAUGUGACCAAUUUCAUCCACCUGCUGUGGUCCUGCCCUCUGCAAAUCAUUGUAGCCAUCGCUCUGCUGUGGGUAGAGUUGGGGCCUUCUGCGUUGGCAGGACUGGCAGUGAUGGUGCUCUUUGGGCCAGUCAAUGCACUUUUAGCCACCAAGGCCAGAAAAUUCCAGGUGGAGAACAUGAAGUAUAAAGACCAAAGAAUGAAAAUAAUGAACGAAAUGCUCAAUGGGAUAAAGAUUGUCAAGUUGUUUGCUUGGGAGCCAUCCUUUCAGGCACAAGUAGAAGGCAUUAGGGGUCAAGAACUGAACGUUAUGAAGAAGUUUGCCUACUUGACAUCCGUCUCCACCUUCAUUUUCACAUGCGCCCCAGCAGUGGUUUCUCUGACAACUUUUGCCGUGUUUGUGAGCGUAGGCUCAGACAAUGUCUUGACUGCUGAAAAAGCCUUCACCUCCAUCUCUCUGUUCAACAUCCUCCGAUUUCCCCUGGCCAUGCUGCCCAUGCUCAUCGCUGCCAUUGUGCAGACAACAGUGUCAAAGAAGAGGCUGGAGAAGUUUCUUGGAGGGGAAGAUCUUGACAGUGAUGUUGUGCGGCAUGACCCCAGUUUUGACUCUGCUGUCAGCAUAUGUGAUGCUUCAUUUUCCUGGGAAAGAGACUCUGAUCCUCUGCUGAAAAGUGUGUCACUGGACGUUAAGCCUGGCCGGCUGGUUGCAGUGGUGGGAGCAGUGGGCUCAGGGAAGUCUUCACUUAUUUCUGCGCUCCUGGGCGAGAUGUACAGCACCAAAGGGUUCAUAAACAUCCAGGGCUCCCUUGCACUGGUGCCACAGCAAGCCUGGAUUCAAAAUGCCACUGUGAGGGAUAACAUCUUGUUCGGCUCUCCCUAUGAGGAGAAAAAGUUUCAAAAGGUCAUACAGGCCUGUGCCCUUGUUCCGGAUCUGAAACUGCUGGGUGCUGGAGAGCUUACUGAGAUUGGAGAGAAAGGUAUAAACAUCUCAGGGGGUCAGAAGCAGCGUAUCAGCUUGGCCAGAGCGGCCUACAGUGAGGCAGACAUUUUCUUACUAGAUGACCCCCUGUCUGCGGUGGACUCUCACGUUGGGAAGCAUCUCUUUGAUCAUGUUAUUGGCCCCGGAGGACUCCUCAAAAACAAGACUCGUAUCCUGGUGACACAUGGAGUCGGUUUCCUGCCUUUUGUCGAUGAAAUUGUGGUCUUGGUGGAUGGAAAGGUUUCUGAGGUUGGAUCCUAUAAGAGUCUGCGUGCCAGCAAAGGAGCCUUUUCUGAAUUUCUUGACACAUAUGCCAAAGAACAAAGCAAUCGGACUAAUUCUGAAGCGGAUGGUUACCAAGUUACAGAGGAUUUAGAACUCAUUCCUGAGCUAGAGGACUCUCAGCUAGACUCUCCACUGGAGGACACAGUUUCUCUGACACUGAAGAGAGAGAACAGCAUUCGUCGUAGCCAGCGUGGGAGCAGCAUCAGAUUAAGAAAAAAUAGCACUUUGAAAAAAUCUGAAGAUGUUGGAGUUGUGAAUAAAGGCGAGAGACUGAUAGAGAAAGAAACCAUGGAAACGGGACAGGUCAAAUUCUCAGUGUUCCUCCAGUACUUGCGGGCUAUGGGCUGGGGUUAUGCUACUCUAGUCUUAGUGGUUUACAUAAUCCAGAACAUAGCCUUCAUCGGUCAGAACCUGUGGCUGAGUGACUGGACCAAUGAUGCAGUGGAUUACUUUAACAAGACAUACCCUACCUGGAAGAGGGACACCAGGGUGGCAGUUUUUGGAGCUCUUGGAAUUGCUCAAGGUCUCUUUGUUUUCCUGGGGACUUUUCUCCUUGCUAAUGCCUCGGUUGCUGCAUCCCGUAUCCUGCAUUCGAGACUGCUUAACAACAUAGUGCGAGUCCCAAUGCUUUUCUUUGACACCACACCCACUGGAAGAGUGGUCAAUCGCUUUGCAAAGGACAUUUUCGCGAUCGACGAGGCCAUCCCUCAGUCCUUCCGUUCCUGGCUCCUGUGCUUGCUGGGUGUGAUAGGAACUCUCUUUGUGAUCUGUCUGGCCACUCCUUUCUUCACCAUAAUCAUCAUUCCUCUGGCUGUGAUCUACUUUUUUGUACAGCGCUUCUAUGUGGCCACUUCACGACAGCUGCGCCGCCUGGACUCAGUGUCUCGCUCUCCAAUAUACUCGCACUUUGGGGAGACUGUGUCUGGUCUGUCAGUGAUAAGGGCCUACGGUCAUCAAGAAAGGUUUCUCAAACACAAUGAAAUUACCGUCGAUGAGAAUCUCAAAAGCGUCUACCCAUGGAUUGUGUCAAACAGAUGGGUGGCCAUCCGUCUGGAGUUCCUGGGAAAUCUUGUUGUGUUCUUUUCUGCUCUGUUUGCCGUCAUUUCCAGAGACACUAUAGAUGGCGGCCUGGUUGGCUUGUCUAUAUCUUACGCACUUAAUGUGACACAAACCCUUAACUGGCUGGUGAGGAUGACCUCAGAGCUGGAGACCAAUGUUGUAGCUGUCGAGAGAGUGAGCGAAUACAGUGAGCUCGAGAAUGAGGCUCAGUGGAUAACUUCCAACCGGCCUCCACAGAACUGGCCAGAUGCUGGAAGGCUACAGUUUAAAGACUAUAAGGUCCGAUACAGACCUGGAUUAGACCUGGUGCUGCACGGAGUCACGUGUGACAUAGCCAGCACUGAGAAGAUUGGUAUAGUGGGCCGUACAGGAGCCGGAAAAUCGAGCCUGACAAACUGCCUUUUCCGAAUUAUCGAAGCAGCUGAAGGACACAUUUUCAUUGACGAUAUAGACAUCUCCACAAUAGGACUGCACGAUCUGAGGAGCAGGAUCACAAUCAUUCCACAGGAUCCUGUUCUGUUCUCCGGGACACUGAGGAUGAACCUGGAUCCAUUUGACAGAUUCAGUGAUGAGGAUAUCUGGAAAUCACUGGAGCUGUCUCAUUUGAAGGACUAUGUAGGGGGUUUACAAGAAGGAUUACAGCAUGAAGUUGCCGAGGGAGGAGAGAACCUCAGUGUUGGACAGAGGCAGCUGCUGUGUCUGGCUCGAGCACUGCUCCGAAAGUCUCGAAUCUUAAUCUUGGAUGAGGCCACAGCAGCUGUUGACUUAGAGACCGACAACCUGAUUCAGAAUACCAUCCGCAAAGAGUUCUCACACUGCACUGUCCUCACCAUUGCACACCGCCUGCACAGUAUCAUGGACAGCUCCAGGGUAAUGGUGCUGGAUGCAGGUAAAAUUGUGGAAUUCGAUUCUCCAAGCAACCUGCUGGAAAAACAAGGCCAUUUCUACUCUAUGGCAAAAGAUGCUGGAAUAAAGCAUGAAGAAAUCUCAGUUCUGUAAUUUAGCAGUCUUCGACUUUUUAAGCAUUAUUUGAUUACGAAAAAAAGUUUUUCUUGUGUCAUUUCAAUAAAGUUAAAAACACCUUGUUAAAAAUAUUGUAUUUAUACAAAACCAUAUGAAGAAAUUGCACUGUAAAAAUAAAUCAUUUUUGUAUCUGAGCAAUAAAAAUAGUUUCUGAGGUAAUGCUCAACAGGAGCAAGAGUUGUUUGACUUUGUAUACAUUUUUAACUGUGUCAUUCUAAAUGCAAACUUGAUUGAGUCUUUUACAUUUUCACAGAAACACUGUUCUUUCUGGUCAGAUGUUUGACUCAUCCUUUUAUCUAUCUCUAACAAUCUCUUAUGGUAGAUGCUCCUGCCAACAUUGGUUUGUAACUUCCUUGUACAAUGUUGUUUGCUUGACUUGUAUUCGGAAAUGUUUAUAUCAACCAUCUUUAGUAAGUAUUCUUAAAGCAUGUUUGGCAAAUUUAUUAUUAAGAUUGAGUACAAGGUAUCACAGAUAUGAAUUACAGCAUUCAUGCCAGGUACUAAGAAUAAUAAUAAUCAAGCAGCCAGCAGAAUAUACACUAAAAAUGGAGACAUGACAGCCUGCGUAAACUUAAAGGGACUUAAGCCUACUAUAUAAAAUGUUUUAUAUGUUGUGGAAAUAUGGAUGGUUUAUGUUUGUUUUGAGUGGUAAGUACAUCAAUAGUUCAUACCCUAUCUGCUGUGGCCUGCAGUCAGGGAACUCUGUUUAAGGAAGCAGGCAUUAACGUUCAUUGUGGAUUUUUUUAAAUAUGCCAACAUUGUUUCAGACCAUUGUUUACUUUAGCAUAAUGUUCUAAACUGAACAGCAAUGUUGUUGGUCUGCACCAUGUACUGUUAGCAUGUAGCAAUCCUUCAUUGAAAUCUUGGUCUUCUCAGCUCCAGUGUGCCAAGCCAAGGUUGAAUGAGAUUUCAAUCAUUCUCCAUAAGGGACAUUUCAUUUAAUUCACAACACCAUUUUAGCCCAUAACAAUCUAAAUGUUGAACUGAUGUAAGUUUCAAUAUAAGGACACCUGACAGGUAGAUGAAUGAUGGCUGUACAGACAGUUUGACCCUUUGUAUCAAUUUCUACUAAAAGGUUCGGGGAGGUUUUAAACUCGUUAUUUUAACUUGAUAUGUUUUUUUAAUAUCAAUAAAAAAGUCAGUUAUGUAUGCUAUUGGAAAAAUGAUUCUUCAUUUUAAAUAUUUAAUAAGAAACACUUAAAAUAAAUCUUUUGAUAGUUAUAUAUACACUACUCUGCCACAUAACCUGUUGUUUUAACUGUGCUGCUAAGAAACUGAAGGAACACUUCUGGACCUCAUUUGUCAUUUUGUCAAAUCUGUUAACAAACGUGUCAUAAAUCUAUGAUGUGUGCUGUGUGUGGUUUGUCAAAUGAAAUAAGUAUAUAAUCUAGACUGCAGCAUUUUACCAAAACCUUUGAAUAUGGUUCGGGAUUAAUGGUCCCUCACUGACAUACUUAACAAACAUUCUCUGGACUGCUUAUGAGUUCAGUUUGUUGCAGUGUUCUUCACCAAAGAGUCACACCUUCUUACAAAGAUCAUG